UUGUCGUAUUGAGCAGAGCGUGGAGUCGUUUCAUGAUUAGCAUGUAUGAGGGGUUCUUCUAGGAUCUGCUAUGCUAGGCUAGAUAUAAGUUUUACUAUUAAUCAGCUUAUUUCAGGAAGCUCCAAUAUCGAUUACACAGUCACUUUUCUAUUUUGAUCAGUUGACUCAUUGUUUCAGCAAAUAAUAAUGGAUUUCUAAUGGGAUUUUAACUAGUUCUUAGUGCUGCUAUCCUGUAGUGAUUGGAAUCAAUAACCUCUGUCGAAUUAUGUUUCGUCAUGACAAAAUCAAAAUUCGUAAUGGCGGAACAGUUUUGUCACAUGGAUUGGCUACCUAUUAAUAUCAUCGAUGCAUACUCCGUAGACGCAUGGGUUACUGAGACAGGCAAAACCAGCUUCAGUAUGUUUUAGGAAAAAAGUUGCUGCGAUUCCGAACAAUAGUAGAAAUAAAUUGGUAUUCCAUGUCACUUCCAAACUUUUUCAACUAUGCCAGGACAUCCAGGAGAAAUUAUUUACCGCCCGUAAACACUCGUCGACAACGGUGUGCUAGGUGCCGCGUUCUCACAGUGAAUGCGUAAAUUCCUGCUACAUGUUCCCGUGAUCGUGUAGCAAGGAUACAACCGAUGUUCUCCCCUACCGAGCGAUGGACUUGGAUUUAGUUCUUCCAUAUGCAUACAUAUACAGCGGACCCAUUGGUUACCCAUGGUUACAGGAAUAACAACUAACUUCAGCUGAUUGGACUGAGAAUGGUGUGGGAUGGUUUGUUGAUUUCGUUGGCAUAUCCUUUAUCGAGGUAGAACAUGCAACGGGCUGUGGAAGACCAUUUUCGGCAUGAGACGGUGUUAGACGUAAUCAUGCUGCGUGUGCACGUGGGUACUGUCUACGUAGAAGUAUAUUUCAUAACACUGUCUUUUACCGGCAAAUCGAACAGUUGUUGUAAAUUUGUUAAAGAUAUACUGUCAAUCUCUGGUGAAUUGUUAGUAAUGGAAAAUUUUGAUAAUAGAAUAAUCUGAAAUUUCGGCUCUGAUAACAACCGUUAACGAAUAUUUUAAUUGUUUGUUUGUUGUUAGUAAUGUUGACUUAACAUUAAUGAUUAAUCGUGUAUCUCAGUGUGAGUGAAUGACUAGUUGGAUUCCGUUUUCCAAAGGUUUUUUUGUCCAAUCACGCCAUUAUAUAUUUGCGGUUUGUAUGUGAACUGAUUUGUUGAACAGUUGAACGCACCGGAAAUUAGUCAUACCGGAUAUAUGAUGGAUCUAAAACUAAUAGCUAAUGGAUGUCUCCGUAUACGCACCAACAUGUGAUUUGCUUUCGGCAUUGUCGGAAAAAUGUGUUCGUUUUCAGCGUUCCGAUUCGAUGUCCGUUAUGCAAUCAGAUUUUGGAACACUGUAAAGACAUACUACCGUUUGCUUUACCUCAUCCCUUUGUGAAUGCCACUCAAACUCCCUGCUCUGUAGUUCUCCGUCCGUCCAGAGGAGAUUUUUUGCGGGAUUUUCAGAACAGUAUAAACCUUCACAUUGCGCUUACGGAUUCGAAAGGGUCAAUUGUGGAGUUUGAUGCUUCAGGACUAAUAUGUACAAAAGCCAAGCAAGUCGACAAAAGUCUUUGGGGACAAUGCUUGGUGGUUGCAGACGUUCCAGACUCUUGGUUUUAUCACUGGGAUUGUACGUUGCUAAGGAUGAUAACUGAACAAGGCUGGAACGAAAGGAUCUACGAUGCAGAUGACGUGAAUUGCUAUAAUUUUGUACUAAAGUUUUUGCAAUUAUUAAAAUAUAUGCCAUAUAUGGCAUUUGCUGAGAAUACGGAGACGUUCACAAAGGAGCUUGUAGUACCCAAAACAACUCAUGCUGGAAAAUACAUUACAAUAUAUCGAAACAUAAACGAAUUCGGCUACUGGGCGGAACCAAACAGCUGAAUAAAUGAA